AACUUUCCCUGCCGCGCGCGCCACGGCUCCCCCACCUCCCUUUCCUCUCCCCUUCUCCGACGCGGGCACGGCGGCCUAUAUAAGCCCGGCCGCCGGGGCGGGCAGCAAGCACACAACCAAACUGAACACCUGCAAGAGCGCACAAAGAGAAGAGAGGUCAAGGAAGAGGAAGGAGUCAAAAUUCCCAACAAGCAAAGGAGACAAACCUGCGAGCUGAUUUGAGCCGCUGCUACUCCUACCUGCCUGCGACCAUGGACAAGAUCCUGGCCUUCUCGAUCCUGAGCUCGUCGCCGGCGGACAUCUCCGCGAGCGGCUUCUCCACGCGGCUGUCGUGGAGGACCUCCGCCUCCGCCGGGAGCCAGAAGCAGCAGCGGCAGCCGGAGCAGGCGCCGAAGCAGCAGGAGGGGAGGAAGGCCGCGGAGCAGCGCCCGGCGCCGGAGAGGAAGGCGCGAUUCGCGCCGGAGUUCGACGGGAUCAACUGCUUCGAGUCCAUAGUCUCCUUCUGAGCCCGCCGGGGGGCGCACCGCGGCUCCCCCUUCCUGGUUCAAUUAAUUCAUCGCCUCGCUAAUUUUUUGGGUUUUGUUGCCGAGUGAAGCGGCGAGUGAGUAAUCUGUACAGAAGCUGUGUACCGCGCGCAAAGUCGAUCAAUGAAUGAUCAUACAAAGUUCCCUUGAUUCGAUACAAA